AGCAGCAGCAGCUGCACCCGCCCGACCCGCCCUGGCCCUGGCCGUCUGCCAUUUGUUUACAUCGGGCUAUUCACCUGACGAGCAGGUACCCGGGGUUGCUGGGGGCGCUACUCGCGGGGGAGGUGGGCGCUGGACGCCAUGUGAAGCCCAGUGGCCAUGGCCCCGUCUCCGUCUGCGAGCAAGAUGACGUUCAGGAGGAGACUCAAAUUAUGCGCCAGGCUGGCGCUCCUAGCCUUCGUCUUCUCCGUCGCCCGACCACCGAGCGUGGAUGGCAUGAAGCAGAUUGAGGCCAACCCCGACGCCAAGCGACUCUACGACGAUCUGCUCAGCCACUACAACAGACUCAUCAGGCCCGUGGUCAACAACACCGAGACCCUCACCGUCCACCUAGGGCUUAGGCUAUCGCAGCUCAUCGAAGUGAAUAUGAAAAAUCAAGUCAUGACAACCAACCUUUGGGUCGAACAGAAAUGGGUCGAUUACAAACUACGGUGGAACCCAGACCAUUAUGGAGGAGUUGAAGAACUGUACGUGCCAUCUGAACACAUCUGGCUCCCCGACAUAGUCCUGUACAACAACGCCGACGGAAACUACGAGGUGACGCUCAUGACCAAGGCAACCGUCAAGUACACCGGCGAGGUGUACUGGAAGCCACCCGCCAUCUACAAGUCGUCGUGCAAGAUAAACGUGCUCUAUUUCCCUUUCGAUGAGCAGAGCUGCGACAUGAAGUUCGGGUCCUGGACCUACAAUGGAUUCCAGGUUGACCUGAAGCACAUCGAUCAGGACACGGGCAGCAACCUGGUGCACAACGGCAUCAACCUCAAGGAGUUCUACCUGUCGGUGGAGUGGGACAUCCUGGACGCGCCCGCGCGCCGCAACGAGGAGUACGAGCCGUCGACCUGCUGCGCCAACAACGACACCACCUGCUGCGUGCCUUUCUCAGACAUCACAUUCAACUUGACGCUUCGGCGCAAGACCCUGUUCUACACCAUCAACCUGAUCGUGCCCUGCGUGGGCAUCACCUUCCUUACCGUCCUCGUCUUCUACCUUCCCUCCGCGUCUGGCGAAAAGGUGUCGCUGUGUAUCUCCAUCCUGCUCUCGCUCACUGUGUUCUUCCUGCUGCUCGCCGAGAUUAUCCCGCCCACCUCGCUCGCCGUGCCGCUGCUCGGCAAGUACCUGCUCUUCACCAUGAUCCUCGUCACGCUCUCCAUCUUCGUGACCGUGUGCGUGCUGAACGUGCACUUCAGGUCGCCGUCGACGCACCGCAUGUCGCCGUGGGUGCAGCGCGUGUUCCUGGACGUGAUGCCCCGCUUCCUGCUCAUGCGGCGGCCGCCCUACUCGUCCCGCGAGCCGUUCAUCGAGGACCAGUACGCGGACAACGGCUACACCAACGAGAUGGACUGCUUCAGGGACAGCGUGAGCGACCCGUUCUCGCCGGACUUCAAAUCCUCGGGCUUCGAGUCCGGGACUGGCUUACUGCAGCAGCAGCCGCACUCCGCGGGCUACAGCCCCGUGCUGGAUAGGUGCGGCGGCGGAGGAGAGCCGUGGGACCACCACCCCGACCUCAGCCCUUUCACAGUCACAGACUCGGACAACAUCCUCCCCCGCACCAUGUCGCCGGACCUGCUGUCAGCGCUGCAGGGCGUCAGCUUCAUCGCGCAGCACAUCAAGGACGCCGACAAGGACAACGAGGUGGUGGAGGACUGGAAGUACAUCUCGAUGGUGCUGGACCGCCUGUUCCUCAUCAUCUUCACGCUGGCCUGCGUCGGCGGCACGGUGGGCAUCAUCUUCCAGGCGCCCUCGCUGUACGACACGCGCAUCCCCAUCGACGCGCAGCAGUCCAGCAUCCCGCUGCGCAAGCACUACUUCCAGGUGCCGGAGGACGCGCCGCGCCCGCCCACCCUGCCGCCCUCCUCGGAGUGAGCCGUCACCCGGCGACCGGGGUUAGCUUACGGACGAUCACCGUCGAAGAGUUCAAACUCAUCAUCAUCGUCACUAUUAUUUGGCGCGGCCAGAGUUUUUGUGGAGCCGAGUCAUUUCGGGUUUCGGAAGGAGACGAAAGGGCGCGCGGCGCUCCCGCCUGAUGCCGCCCGGGCGUUUUUGUUUGUUUCCGGAGGCGUACGAAAGUAAUUUUCCAAGGAGCACAAGGGGCAGAGCAAUAUUCGUUUUCGAAACUUAAAUGUGACUGUGUGCAGGGGGUGGAAGGCUGUUUGUGUCAGUAAUGGUAAAGGUCGGGAGAGGGAUGAGAGAGGGAGGGGAGGGGGGGAAGAGAGGGGUAGUGUCGAGAGUAAUAGUGAGGGGAGAAAAAGAGGAUUGAAGAAAGUUAAAAGCAUCCGCAAAGUUGAAGUGAUAAUGAAGGGCGGGGCAGUGUGUGUGUGUGUGUGUGUGAGAGAGAGAGAGAGAGAGAGAGAGAGAGAGAGAGAGAGAAAGGGGGGGGAAGUGUUGGGGAGUGGGAAGUGAGAGGGAAAGUUUGUGAUGGUCAGCCCAUCAUCCCGUUAGCUUGUGCGACGCGUGCCACGAGCUGGAAUCUACAGAUAACAGCGAUAGCGGGGGGCGGGGGGCAUGGCGCUCUGCCGAGCCGAGCGCGCUCUGAGCCGAGCCAGCCGAGCCGAGCCGAGCUCAGCUGAGCCGGCGAGCCGUGGUUGAUGCAGGCUUGUGCGAACCAGAUGCAAUGUAGAUGAGCCGAUUACACAAUUUGCGGAAAUAAAGAGGGAGUCUUCC